AUGCGUAGCGCCAAACAGGUUCUGCUGCACGUGUCGCUGUUGAUUGGCAGCCUCCUACCCUCAAUCCACUGUCAGGUGCCUGCUACCGGCGGCGGAUAUUACCCAGUUAACGCGUACGCGCCUGUAGGGACAGGUGUGCGGGGCUACGCGAGCGGAGCCGUCUACCAACCGGCCGUUCAGCCCCUGCAGUCCCAGUACUGGACAGGCCAACAGUCCUCGCAGUACGCACAGCCACAGUAUUCGGCCGGAUACACACCGACCAACGGUUAUUAUCAACAGUAUGGCCAGCAGGCCUAUUCUCAGUACGGCCAGCAAUACUAUCCACAAACGACCGGGCAACAGUCUUAUCCACAGUCGUAUGGUCAACAGUAUUACCCUCAGUCUUACGGUCAGCAGAACUAUCACCCAGGAUACUGGACGGGAGCCAGCCAAGGAUACUACCCCCGGCAGCAAGUUCCUAACUACCCUGGCCAUUAUCCUGCCCACCCAGUCCACUACCCCACAAAUCGCGGCUACUAUCCCACGCAACGGAAGCCGUAUAAAAAAUCGAAAGAUUUGACUAAGACUCUCUUAGGAGCGGUUGUCGUUGGGGCGGUGGCUGGCGCUGUAGCGCGCGUGUCGUCUGCUGUUUCUUUCACGAAUCUUCCGAGCACGAUUAGUGUCAGCAGUAGUUUGGGGCUGGACGACGCCGUCUUUACAGUGCGCACCAACAAUGACGCCGUUAAUGCCGUCACGUUAGCGUCAACGUCACAGUACUUCACACAAGACUCCGCCAAUGACGGUCUGCUGUUAGUCGGAUCAUGUAUGGAGUCCAGUCUCGGAGACGUAACGGAGGUGUUGACGUUCACGGCCACGGACGGAACACAGACGGCCACCGCCACGCUCACCGUCAACAUCGUUGACACGGUCCCGAUAAUGCACAACGUACCAGCCACAACGUGGAAGCUGACCACAUCGGAACGUAACGGUCUGCAGGAGCUGUACGUUAUUGACGUGUCUAACGGCUGUGACGAUGUCGAUUGCGUGGUGACGUCAGUCGUUCCCGACACGGGCGCUAAUGUCCGAAUGCAACAAGCAACGCCAACUACAACGCCAACUACAACCACAACGCCAACUACAACCACAACGCCAACUACAACCACAACACCAACAACAACCACAACACCAACUACAACCACAACACCAACUACAACGCCAACUACAACUACAACCACAACGCCAAUUACAACAACAACGCCAACUACAACCACAACGCCAAUUACAACCACAACUGUAACUACAACAACAACUACAACAACAACAACGCCAACUACAAACACAACGCCAAUUACAACAACAACGCCAACUACAGCCACAACGCCAACUACAACCACAACUGCAACCACAACACCAACUACAACCACAACGCCAACUACAACCACAACACCAACUACAACCACAACUACUACCACAAUACCAACUACAUCUACACCACCAACUACAACCACAACGCCAACUACAACUACAACGCCAACUACAACUACAAAGCCAACUUCAACCACAACGCCAACUACAACUACAACGCCAACUACAACCACAACGCCAACUACAACUACAAAGCCAACUACAACUACAACGCCAACUACAACCACAACGCCAACUACAACUACAACGCCAACUACAACCCCAACGCCAACUACAACCACAACGCCAACUACAACGCCAACUACAACCACAACGCCAACUACAACGCCACCAACGACUAUAACAACAACAACAACUUCACUUUCAACGCCAACUACAACCACAACGCCAACUACAACCACAACGCCAACUACAACCACAACUACAUCUACAACCACAACCACAACACCAACGCCAACGCCAACUACAACAACAACACCAACUACAGCCACAACGCCAACUACAACCACAACUGCAACCACAACACAAACUACAACCACAACGCCAACUACAACCACAACACCAACUACAACCACAACUACUACCACAAUACCAACUACAUCUACACCACCAACUACAACCACAACGCCAACUACAACUACAACGCCAACUACAACUACAAAGCCAACUUCAACCACAACGCCAACUACAACUACAACGCCAACUACAACCACAACGCCAACUACAACUACAAAGCCAACUACAACUACAAAGCCAACUACAACCACAACGCCAACUACAACUACAACGCCAACUACAACCCCAACGCCAACUACAACCACAACGCCAACUACAACGCCAACUACAACCACAACGCCAACUACAACGCCACCAACGACUAUAACAACAACAACAACAACUUCACUUUCAACGCCAACUACAACCACAACGCCAACUACAACCACAACGCCAACUACAACCACAACUGCAUCUACAACCACAACCACAACACCAACGCCAACGCCAACUACAACAACAACACCAACUACAACCACAACUGCAUCUAUAACCACAACGUCAACAACAACCACAACGCCAACUACAACCACAACUGCAUCUAUAACCACAACGUCAACAACAACCACAACGCCAACUACAACCACAACGCCAACUACAGCCACAACUGCAACUACAACCACAACACCAACAACAACGCCAACUACAACCACAGCGCCAACUGCAACUACAACGCCAACUACAACCACAACACCAACUACAACCACAACGCCAGCUACAACGCCAACUACAACCACAGCGCCAACUACAACCACAACACCAACUACAACCACAGAGGAGGAGUCCUCAGGGUUCUUUGACAGUCCAUGGGUUAUUGCGGGGCUAGCUGGGAUACCUGUAGUGUUGGGCGGGGCGGGGCUCGCUCUCUGUCUUGCCAGGAGGCUUGGAGCGCACGGGUUGAAGAAGGUGGCUGCUGCAAGACGAAGACGGGACAGCGAGGACGAGGAGGGGGAUAUUGACGGUGUUCAGGAGGAGGCGCCAAGGCCGCCCACCGGAAGGCGGCUUAGCAUCUUCUCACGCGGAGGCAGCGCGCAGCUGGCGCCGAGUUCAAGGACAUGCACGGCCAUGACACAUCCAGAACUGACUGGGCUGCGGUUUGUAUGA